GCUGCUCUCCUUCUACGUCACGCGAACACUUUCAAAGACACCGCAACCUACACAAAGCACAAGAUCUGUAGCUAGUCCCAGGCCAGGCAGGGCAAAGCGCAUACGAGGAUCAUCAAGACGGCAGAGAAGAAGAGCUUCCAGUGCCAGCAUGUCAGGGACGCUGCAAAUCUUCCGCCGCACAUCCAAUCGCAGCAUAGCCCUUGCCAACCGCGACUGGACGCUGCAGUUUCAGUAUGACAAGGCAUCCAAGGGCCGCUGCAUCGCCGAGUUCCUGCCAACCACCGAAUUCGAUAUCGCCAACUAUAAGCCCAUCAAGCUGCAAAAGGUCUUUGGCUGUCUCGGCUUGAUUGACCUGGAAGGACACCUCUUCCUCGGUGUCGUCGCUGGUUGCGCACAGGUCGCCAAGGUCAGAGAUGGUGAGACGGUACAACGGAUACAUGCCGUUGAGUUUUAUUGCCUCGAUAGCGAUGCCUUUGAUACCAAAUUCGUGGACCUCAAUGGCAAUGCGGUCGAGGUAGACCAGGCAGAUGUCUUUGAUUCGGUUGAACGGCCGCCAGACCAGGAACAUCCAUGUGCAGAGAUCCAGAGGCUUCUCAGUGGUGGCACCUUCUACUACUCCUCCGAUCACGACCUCAGCAUGAACUUGCAAGCACGCGCUAGUCGUGAGUAUGACCCGGAAGCCUUUGACCACCAAUUUCUAUGGAACAACUACCUCAUUGGACCUCUGGCACAGAUGCGAGCCAAUAUGCAGACCUCACGUCGCGCUGCUCUGGAUCAAAGCAGAUUUCUUACAACGAUUAUUCGCGGCUUCGCGGAAACCAUUGCCGUGAGCGUCGGCGACAAUAUGCCUGGCCAGCUCACGCUCAUUUCUCGACUGUCUGCCAAACGUGCCGGUACGCGUUUCAAUGCGCGCGGUAUCGACGACGAUGGCAAUGUGGCUAAUUUUGUUGAAAUUGAGACAAUCCUGCAUACCAGCGCCUUCACCUCCUCCUUCUGCCAGGUGCGGGGCUCUAUCCCGCUAUUCUGGGAGCAAGUUAGCACAGGCUUUAUGGGUCAACAUAAAGUAGAGGUCUCUCGGUCUCCCUCUGCCAGCCAAGCUGCAUUCGAGCGGCACUUUGCAUCACUCCUGGACAAGUAUGGUGAUGGUGUGCAUGUCGUUAAUCUGCUUGGCAGUGCCACAGGAGAAGCGAUGCUGACAGAACUCUAUCAAGGCGCUCUACAAGCAAGUGAUUUCGAUCAGCGUGUCCGGUAUACACAUUUUGACUUUCACAGCGAGGUGAAGCAAGGUUACGAAGGCGCGAGUAAAGUGAAGCCUCUAUUGCGAGCCUCUGCUGAAGACUACAGUUUCUUUCUACAAGCCAAUGCCGCAAAGCUUGAGAUGCACCAAUCUGGUGUCUUCAGGACCAAUUGCCUCGACUGCCUCGAUAGAACAAACAUGAUUCAGAAUAUCGUUUCACAAGCAAACUUGGAGAAUGUGUUGACAACACUGAGGAUUCGCACAACGGCUGGUCUGUGGGAGCGUCACGGGACCCUGUGGGCGGACAAUGGUGACGCACUGUCGCGCAUCUACGCUGGUACAGGCGCACUCAAAACGUCAUUCACAAGAAAGGGCAAGAUGAGCUUCGCUGGAGCGUUGGCAGAUGCAACGAAGUCUGUUGGACGUAUGUACAUCAACAACUUUCAAGAUAAGGGCAAGCAGCAGACGAUCGAUGUUAUGCUUGGUCGGCUCGUCAAUCAAAAAGCAGUCGUGCUCUUUGAUCCCAUAGCGGAUUGGGUCAAUACUGAGCUUCACAAGCGUUCAGGCGAAUGGUCGAGUAACAUGACGCUCAAGGUCUUCGCUGGCACAUACAACCUGAACGGUCGUGAUGGCGACGAGGAUCUUAUGCCGUGGCUUGCACCAAACAGUGAGAUUGACGCCGACAUCUACGCCAUUGGCUUUCAAGAGAUUGUCGAAUUGACGCCCUCGCAAAUCGUCUCUGCUGAUCCCAUCAAAGUACGCUUUUGGGCAGAGAAAGUCCUUGCUUGCCUCGACCCAAAGCAAAGCGACCGGUAUGUGUUGCUUCGCACAGGCCAACUGGUCGGUGCUGCACUGCUCAUUUUUGUACGGCGAGAAUGUCUACAUCACAUCAAGCUUGUCGAAGGUGCUAUGCGAAAGACAGGUCUCAAGGGCAUGAGUGGCAAUAAGGGUGCGGUCGCUGUUCGUAUGGAUUAUGGCGCAACACGCAUUUGCUUCCUCAAUGCUCACUUUGCUGCUGGCCAUCAAAAUUACCACGAACGCAAUCAAGACUUUGUCACCAUCCUGCAUGGCAUCAAGUUCCAGCGCGGCCGCAACAUCUUGGACCACCACGAUGCCGUUAUCUGGGUUGGGGACUUUAAUUACCGCAUUGGUCUGCCCAUUGAGCAAGUCAAGCAAUACAUUCAGCAAGAAGACUGGGGACAGUUGUAUUCUGCUGAUCAACUGAAUCGCGAAAUGAUCAAGGGCAAGGUAUUUCAGUAUUUCGAUGAGGCAGAGAUCACCUUUGCACCGACCUACAAGUUUGACAAUGGCACAGAUGAGUAUGAUACAUCCGACAAGCAGCGUAUUCCAGCAUGGACGGAUCGUAUCCUCAAAAAGGGCUCGGGCAUGCGCCAGCUACAGUAUGGCUCUGCCAAGCUGCGGCUGAGUGAUCACAAGCCUGUUUAUGCAACCUAUGAGAUGGACGUGCAGCUAGUCGACGAGACGAAGCGUUCUGCUAUUGAAAGAGGACUCUACGACCAGCGGCGUGUCGCUAUCGACGAACGCAGCUCAUUGCGCGAUGAAGAGAUUGAGAGCAUCAUGGGCAAAAAUCUACCGCCACCAAGUACAGAAAGAUCGAAAUGGUGGCUCGAAUAUCACGCUUCAUCUAAAUCAAGCGUACGGCCACCACCCGGCACACGCCUCAAUACCAAUCGUCCGUCCAACCCUUGGCAGUCUAAUGGUGAGCCGGACUUUAUCAAGACCACAGGUUCUGCUCCUAUUUUGCUUCCAAAACCCGCAAGUCUACGGGCAAGCGCCGUCGGACAAGGCGUUGCAACGCCACCUCCAUUGCCAACGCGUACCAUGACUCCAUCAGUCGGCGAGAUGAAUGAAAUAGCACCGAGGCUGCCAAGCAGGACGAAUACAGUCAAUUCUGUCAGUGGAUCACGCAGUAGUUCCAUCACUCGGCGCAAGCCAGUACCUCCGCUGCCACGGACAAGCUCUCCGGCGUCUAACGCCUCAGCGGAUAAGGCAGGUUUAGAUGCCGCGCGCCCUUUGUCAAGUGAUGCUCCUAAAGGGUCCGACGUUGACCAUCUCGCUGAUACCGCCAGCGAAGCAAGCGACCUGAGUGGUUACAAGUCACUUGUCUAGUAAAACAGAAGGGUUUGUAGAUGAUGUGUACAUUAAUUAAAAGUAUCUUUAUAUACAUAUAUAUAUCCAUAAUC